UUCAACAGUUUAAUCAAGAUUCCCCAGUUUGUUUACCCCUGGAGGAAAGAAGAGAAAAUUCCCCCCGUAUCGAAUUGAUAUCUGGUUCGGUGAUGGCGGGAGCAUCAAGUUCAUGGUCUCGGGCAUUGAUGCAGAUCUCACCUUACACUUUUGCGGCCGUUGGAAUUGCGAUUGCUAUCGGUGUCUCCGUGCUGGGUGCUGCCUGGGGAAUUUAUAUUACGGGAAGUAGUUUGAUUGGUGCUGCAAUUAAAGCUCCGCGCAUUACUUCGAAGAAUCUCAUUAGUGUAAUCUUCUGCGAGGCUGUUGCUAUAUAUGGUGUUAUUGUGGCAAUCAUCUUACAAACAAAGCUAGAAAGUGUGCCAUCAUCAAUGAUGUAUGAACCGGACUCGCUUCGGGCUGGAUAUGCAAUAUUUGCUUCGGGUAUCAUUGUUGGUUUUGCAAACCUAGUCUGUGGGAUCUGCGUAGGAAUAAUUGGUAGUAGCUGUGCAUUGUCUGAUGCCCAAAACUCCACACUUUUUGUGAAGAUUCUAGUGAUUGAGAUCUUUGGUAGUGCACUAGGAUUGUUUGGAGUGAUUGUGGGUCCAUGGUUAAAUAAGUUUUUUGAUAUCAACAACACCUUGGCUGCGAUAUUUGAAGCUUCCCGUAUUUGA